AUGGUCAUGUCUAGUGAUGAUCGUGAUGGAUUUCAGGAAGCACGCUCAAAGAAUAAGAGGCCAAUUGUAUAUUUAAGCCCAAGUCAUAAAAGCAAUAAAAUUCUUAAUCCAGUGGAACUACAAAAAUUUCUUGGCCUGUGCUUUUUACCUCAGCAUUAUAAGUCUUUGCCAAACUGGAUUAUCUUGAAAAAGCCGCUUCUAUUGAAAUCAGUUGUGGUGAUUGAGUACAAUGGAAAUCCUGGUCAAAUUUCAGAUUCCUCUCUCUUCACUGAAAUGUUUCCAAUUAAUGCUAGAUUCUUUUCACCCUCAAAUUAUCAUUCUUCCUGGGAGCAUGACCUACUUUUCGUCCCUGGGUCUUACCUUACUCCUCAUGCGCGAGAAAUGGCUCUUUCUGGAAAAGCCGUUACGACUCCGGUUGUCAAAAGGCGGGGUGUGGAUCCCAAUGCAGUUUCCCUUGGAAAUUUGAUCCAGAAUAAACACUACAAGGAGGCAGCUCUGGAAUUGAAAGAGCCUAAACACGAGAAACAUUUUCCACUUCCUGAUGCUUUUAGCGAAGAUAUUUUCGACCGCACUCUCCUUCUCCUAAGUAUUGAUCAAAUGAUUAGUGAGCAAGUCCCUCUUCCGCGCAAGUUAGCCGGUUCCUCAUGGAAACCAUCUUGGAGUUCUUUUGUUCCCCUCAAAAAGAUUUAUGAACCCGUGACAGCUCAGAGUCCCAUGUUUGGCCUCGAUUGCGAAAUGGUGUGUACUAAAGUUGGAAGUGAAUUAGCUAGGGUAACUUUAGUGGAUGAGAUGGGUUGUGUUAUUAUGGACAGACUUGUCAAACCCGACCAUCCGGUUGAAGACUAUGUAACUAGGUUUAGCGGUAUAACUCGAGAAAUGCUUGCUGGAAUUGAAACUCGAGUGCCAGAUAUACAAGAGGAAAUGAGCAAAUUACUUCCUCCUGAUGCAAUCCUUGUUGGACAUUCUAUUGAGAAUGACUUGAAGGCUCUUAAGAUAUUUCAUCCAUAUCUCAUGGACACCAGUGUCCUUUUCAAUUUUUCCAAUAACAGAAGGGCAAAGCCGAAACUACGUUUUUUAGCACAGGUGUUUCUCGGAAAAUCUAUCCAAUGCGGAAAAGGUGGUCACUCCUCUUCAGAAGAUGCCAAAGCCGCUUUGGAUUUAGUCCGAUUGAAGCUCAGUCAAUCCGUUGAUUUCGGUGACUCCACUUCUUCUUGGGUUUUCCCACAGAAUAAUUUCAGCUCACCUGCGGCUACCAAUGGUAACAAUACGGCGUCACCACAAUUCAAGCCUAAUAUCGCCAAUUUGGCUGAACUUAAUGCCUCAGGUGCUCGCUCGGUACCAGAAUCCUUGCGUGCCUACUUGAACUUUCUUUGUCGAAAGUACACAGAGGUCGCGCCUUUCCACCUAGCCGAUUGCUUGUUGGCUGGCCUCAAGGUACCUUAUUGUAUACAGAUGGAUAAAUUGAAUGACGAUGUCGAAAACGGUAAAGAGGAAUCGAUGGAUCUUGAAGAGGGUGAAGUUGUGGAGAAUGAGGAGGAUGUGAGUAAGACGGAACCUGAGCUAGUCGGGCCUCCAAUGUUCAAAAGACCGGGUAAAAAAGCUAUUCGAUGGAUUGCCAAUCAAGCCCAAAGCCUAAAAUUCGUCAUGACUCGCAUAGGAAAGCCAGUCAAGUGGGAUUGGAAUAAGGAGAAUAGAAAGUUUACAAAGUUCGCCUCAACAGUAUACAUGCAGCUUCGCCCUCACUCCCUCCUCAUAAUUCUCGCAUCAGGAUCGACGGUAGUUCCACAGAAUUAUGCUAAUCCAACCACGAAAAUCACUCGAGCUUUCAUUACUGUUACAAAUCCGUCCGAAUUCGCCAUGGCUGCAGUUGAGCCUUUAUUCGAUCUUGAGAGCAUUCCUAAUUUACCGGAUAAUCUGUUACCAUUUCCACAUCAAGUAGGGGGUCAUGGGAGUAAGGCGACUUCUGUUGAAUUCGAAAUGCUUAGAGAUCCAGUCGAACGGAUUUUCUAUAAAAUGGUGCCUCGCGAUGAGCGCAGUAUUCGGGAGGCGAAUUUCUAUCUGUCAGUGUUUGCGGAUACCGCCCCUCCAGAAAUUGCGCAGCUACGUGAAGUGAUCCCUACUUUUCGAGGAAUCUUCAAGGUUCCUUCGAGCGGAGUACUAUACAUUGCGUUGGAGGAUCUAACUGCGGAUUUGGCAAACCCUUCCAUCUGUGACCUGAAGGUGGGUCAGUUUGCUUGUCCACCGGACGCUGGAGAUAAGAAAAUUCAGCACGAAAUGUCCAAAUAUCCGGAUAGAGGCACCGUCGGUUUUCUUCUGACUGGAAUGAAGGUCUAUGAUAAAAAGGCAAAUCGAUAUCUGACUGUACCACGUUACUAUGGUCGAACAGUGCCAGCUGAGCAUAUAUUUGAAAGAGGUUUGCUCCCAUUUCUUCAAGGGGACUUUGAUUUGGCCAAAAGUUUUCUUCCAUUGAUAAGUAAAGUGCGAUCAAUUUUCGUGGAUAAACCGAAGCUACCUAUGGCAUUAUAUUCUUCCUCUCUCCUGCUUAUAUAUGAUGAAAAUCGGAAUAAUUUGAUUGCUAAAUUAGUGGAUUUUGCUCACUGGAGGCCUGCACCUGAGGCAGAUGAUCCUUCAGGAGUUUACAUGAAGUUGUCAACCUUGCUUUUUACUUUGAUCGCGUUUUCUUUAAAUGGUUGUGCCUUUUCUGGUGAGACAAUUGGUGGCUUACCGACUGACAGCAAUUACCUUAAUGUUAGAAAAAUUCUAGACAAGCGCAUUACAAAAAAUGGCUCUCAUGUUAUUUCUACCUAUAGUGAUGAGGACGCAAAGCUAUCAAUUUCGCUUCAAUGUGAUGCGCAGUACCUCCAGGUGUUUGAACGAUCAGGCUCUUACAAUCUGAAUUGUAGUCUUUCAUAUACGUCAUCUUCGAGUGUUAUUCUCAAUUUCAUAUCUGACUACCCUGUUUCUGUUGAGUUUUCCUCUCCUUAUUCGCUCACUCUUCCUGCGUCUACUGAUACUGAUCAUAUGAAUAUAGUACUCCCUCUGACUAUUGAUCAAAUAGGUGACUCUUACAUUGUCACGCACGCUAUCGUUGGAAAAGAUGAAAAAGUGGCUGUGGGUUUGCGGAUGCUCGUUCUUCGAAAAGGCGGAAUAACUGAUGUUCUCUUUAGAGUCGGUCUCAUUUUUCUCCUCAUAUUAGCAACAUUCUUUAUGGGCUGUGAAGUUGAAAUUGACAUAAUUAAAUCAUAUCUCAGGCGACCAAUCGGUCCUCUCUUGGGAUUCUUCUGUCAGUUUGUCAUCAUGCCUGCUAUGUCUAUAGCACUAGCCAAAUUGACUCCCAUUAAUCCGGCCUUCGGCUUCGGUCUCUUCAUCAGCGGAUGCUGUCCAGGGGGCGGGGCCUCCAAUGUUUGGACACGGCUCCUUGGAGGAGAUAUCAAUCUCAGUGUCACCAUGACGCUCUUCAGUUCAGUUGCCGCUCUUGGCAUGCUGCCUCUUCUCUUAUUUAUAUUCACGCGAUUCUUCACGGCAAUUGAUACCAGCGCUGUGCCUUAUGGUCCGAUUGUGGUGACUCUGCUCUAUCUCUUCUUUCCAAUAAUUGCAGGACUUCUAAUCCGUCAUUUCCGUCCCAAUUGGGCUGAUAAACUGAAGCGAGGUGUCCGGCCAACCUCCUUUAUCUUUCUCAUUUAUGUUAUUCUCUUUGGAACCCUAACGAAUCUUUCCAUUUUCCGCCUGAUGGGUCGGUAUCCUCUCCUCAUUGCUGUAGGAGGGGCUUUGCCCACAUUUGGUUACUUGGUUGGCCUUUUGGCUGCUCUAAUUUGUCGACGUCCUUGGCCUGUUGUUACAGCAAUAUCAGUUGAAACUGGCGUUCAGAAUGUUGGUAUCGCUAUCCUUAUUCUCAUUUAUGCUAUCCCUCAACCGCAAGGAGAUCUUGGUGCUGUUAUGCCCAUUAUAAUUUCUCUGACAACACCCCUGUUUCUAUUGAUAUGGUUUGUUGUGAGGUGUAUUGUUGUUCGAAGAAGGAAAACAAAACAGGACUCCGAAGAAGACGUCUGUGAAAGCGUUGAAAAUGGUGAUGUGAAAUCGAGUAAUGAAGACCCUUCGGAAUCCGCUAAAAGUGAUGCCUCAGUAUGA